GCACAUGUUGUUAUUUUCACCGGCGUGAGUCUUUUGUUUCGUCGGUAAUAAAUCGUGAUUUAUACAAUACAAACGGAAUGAGUGGUGGAGUUUAUGGAGGAGAUGAGGUUGGAGCGCUGGUUUUUGAUGUAGGCUCCUAUUCCGUCAGGGCAGGAUAUGCAGGGGAGGACUCACCAAAGGCAGAGAUACCCACACAUGUGGGUGUCAUCGAGGAUCUGGAGGCAGCCAUGGAAACAGAAGACAAAGAAAUCAAACAGGCAGAUAAGAAAUACUACAUAGACACUACUAUGCUGAAGGUGCCACGUAAAGGAAUGGAAAUCAGCAGCUUCCUAAAGGAUGGCAUGAUUGACAACUGGGAGAUCUUUGAAAAGGUUAUGGAUUACACUUACUCCAAGAACAUCAAAUCAGAAGCAAACAUGCAUCCUGUUAUGAUGUCAGAGCCAGCAUGGAACAGCCGAGGGAAGAGAGAAAGACUAACAGAAAUUAUGUUUGAGACAUACAAUGUUCCUGCUUUUUUCUUGUGUAAAAAUGCAGUUUUAUCAGCUUUUGCGAAUGGCAGAUCUACAGGUCUGGUCCUAGACAGUGGAUCUACACACACGACAGCUGUUCCAGUAUAUGAUGGUUAUGUCAUAGGUCAAGCCAUCGUGAAAUCCCCACUGGCAGGAGACUUUAUAUCUCUGGAGUGUAAGAAACUGAUGGAGGAGUUAGAGAUUGAUGUCAUACCCCCAUACAUGAUACAGAGUAAGGAAGCUGUCCCCCAAAUGGAAAGUCCCAAAUGGAAAAAGAAGGACAUUCCGGAGGUUACCAAGUCUUUCGAGAAUUACAUGGUCAAGGAUGUGUUACAAGAUUUUGCAGCCUCAGCACUUCAAGUGAUGGACACACCAUAUGAGGAUAGCACAGCUGAGACAAUGCCUGCAGCACUCUACGAAUUUCCUAAUGGCUAUAAUCAAGAGUUUGGAGCAGAGAAGUUCAAGCUAGCUGAAGGACUCUUUGACCCCUCAGUGAUGAAGGACCUGCCGAGUGGGAACACGAUGUUGAGCGCGGGACAUGUUGUUACCACCAGUGUGGGCAUGUGUGAUAUUGAUAUACGACCAAGUCUGUACAGCAGUGUGAUAGUAGUGGGAGGUAACAGUCUGAUCGCAGGAUUUACAGAACGACUGAACCGUGACCUCGGCACCAAGACACCACCAAGCAUGAGAUUGAAGAUCAUAUCAGCCACCGGCACUGCCGAGAGGCGAUUCAGCAGUUGGAUUGGAGGAUCAAUCUUGGCGUCUUUGGGAUCUUUCCAGCAGAUGUGGAUAUCUAAACAGGAGUAUGAGGAGGGAGGUCGCAGCUGUGUGGAACGCAAGUGUCCUUGAAAGCAAGGUCAAGGUCGCAAUGGUUGUUUAUGUUAUGUUUCAGGAAAAGAUAUAAAAUGACGGAAAUGCUUUACACAAUUUAACAAAAUUGGAUUUGAGAACAAAAAUCAUUUUCAAAUAACAGCCUUUUACUCUGGUACCUACAGUUGAAGCUCUGAUCUGAGGAAAACUGCUUAAUUAAGUGCUUUACAAAACAUUUUGAAAUGAAGCAUUUUUUCAUGCUGUUGAAAUACCUCUAUGGUGCUGUAUUGUUCUGAAAAAUGUUUGGUUAAAGAUUUGUCUUACAAAAAAUCACUUGAUAAAUGUGUUUGAAUAUUUAAUUGCAUGAAUUGCUAUUACGAUCAAAUCCUACUGCCUGUGUAUGUAAGCCUUAUUAAAGGGAUGAGGCUGUCUGACCAGAAAAGAGGUGGGCUGUUGUUUUAGAAAGAAAUUGGUGUUUAUAAGGUCAAUACUGUAGGAUAUAUCAGAAUUGUAUUAUGUUCAAGAAUGAGAGCAUUAGAUAUAUAUAUAUAUAUAUAUACAAUGUGUAUGGUUUCUGGAAUCUCAAUACUAAACAUCUAGUAGUCUGUCAGUAGGUUUAUGUAACUGACUUCUUAUUUUUGAGAGUUGUUUUACUAGAACUUAGUAAAAAUCCACUAAACUGGGACUCAUUGGGGUCAGAGAAGUAUUGGCAAAAAAGGGCAAGUGGCCAUGGGUUGAUGGCGUUAUGUGGCCUGUUUCAUUCGUCCAUCACCUUUGCCUUUCAAAGCCUACUUUUCCAGACUGACUGAAGGGAUUAUGAAAACAUUGGUAUGGGUAUACCUAGAAGGAUGGAGAUUAAACUGAGAAAUAGAAGUUAAGUUUAAUGUACUACUUCUGACACAAGUGUAAGGGGAUUUUGUCAUGAAUUCUGUGAAUUCAUAAACAAGAAAACUGCCUAUAAUUACAGUGCAGUGUAUAGAAUGGCACAUGAUUGCUAGCCCAGGUGUUUGUAUGUAGGUGUUGUUUACGAUAGCUAUAGUUGUGUAACCUGUAUGUGAGGUGUCAAUAUUUUGUUAUGUUUGUUUAUGUUUGUUUUACAUUCAUGUCUGACACAGAGUUGUAAAUACAGUUAGGGAACAAAUGUUGACAGGAGUGAGAGAAAGUAAAACAGUAAGAAUGGAAAUCAUUACAUUUCAUUUCUUUUGUAAAAUAAAACUCAUCAAUGUGAAACAGAUUAG